GCUUGCUUGAUUAUGCGACCGAAGCGGUCAAGGAGGGCGCGGGCAAAACUACCAUGGAGGCCUUCGCAGCCUCACUGGCUGUGUUGGAGCAGGUUGGCAAGUUCGAUGAAGACAGGAUGCUAUCCAGAGAUAGCACAUGGAUCGCUUUCAGCAAGAAUGUCACUGCCGAGCUAGUGGAGAAGGGCCCUACACUUCAUCAGGCUGCGCAGCCAACAGUGGCUAUGGUCCUUUCAUUGGAACUUUACUUGACUGAUGGUGAUCGACCGAAGUAUGCACGAGCAAUGGCGUUUGUGGCUCUUGUGAUGCUGUGGGGGAGCAUGAGGGCGGAUGACAUCCAAUGCGUGCGCCCGGAGAGCAUGCGCCUCACCAUUGAGGGAUUCAGCUGCAAGCUGUGGAAGACCAAGACCACGGGGCCAGACAGAAGAGUGAACAUGGUCCAGGUCUUUAUUUCACGCAGGGCUGGUUUUUCGGGUACAGAUUGGCUUAUGAAUGGCGUGAGGUUGUGGUCAGAAAUCGAUUUGCGCAGGGACUUCCUGGUUUUGCAAGCAGCUGAAGACUGGGAAACUUGCACUGACAGAGGGGUCGAUGCUUCAACAGUGGCAUUGUACUUGCGGAAGAUCUUCAAGGAGCUCUGCACCCCGCGGUGGCAUGAGGGCCAAUGGAAACAGAACACUGACCGCUUGUUGCUGCCAGGUGAGUGUGCCUUGCACUUUGUGGGGCACUCGGCGAGGAACUUCUUGACCUCCGUGGGGGCCGCCAUCGGGGUACCUGAAGGAGAUCGUGACUACCUUGGCCGCUGGAAAAUCGGCGGAGGCGGGUCGGCAGACUACACGAGGACUGCGCGACAGAUAGUCCACAGAGUGCAGGAUCAUGUUGCUGAAGUCGUCUUGCUUGGUAGGGAAAAGGGUUAUGUGGAGGCUGAUGCUUUGGAUGCUUUGCAAGCGUUUGCUGAGCAGAGGGGCGAGAUCGGUGCAGUGAUUCGCGCAAGGCACGAGCUUGUCAGGUCACCGAAAACAGGUGGGAACCCGCGACUGGGCGGGAGAUUUCCACCGCUUUUCUUCCAGCACUUACAGGCGCCACUCGUUGUCCCGGAUGAGCUUGAGGAGGAAGGGCGCCCAGCAGCAUUCCCGAAGGGAGAUGCCAAAUACUUUGUCAGUGUGAGCAAGAAGACUGGUUUCCGUAGGUUGCAUGUGAACCACGCUUGUUAUGUCAAGCCGUUCAAAUGUCAGGACGUCUUGUAUCUUGAUCAGGUGACGGCUGCCGAUUUUGACGCAGUCUGCAAGGACUGCAAAGUUAGGAUCCGUGCAAUGGCCAACGAGGACCAGGCUGAAGAGAGCCUCGAGUGGGGUGCUUCCAGUGCGAUGGCAACCGAUGCCGAGAUGAGGGCAAGAGUCAACACCGUAGAUGCAGACCUUCAGUACGUCUUGCAAGAGGAUCAAGAGCAGCAGCUGCUACCGAUUUCGGGAUCCCAGCAGACACCCCUGCAGGAUGAGGCAGAAACCCCGAGUGCAGAGUAUCUUGCAUUGAAGGCAGAAGAGACAGAGCAGAAUGAACCAACGGCCGCGCAGCUUGACACCAUCACGUCCAAGCGCGACUCCCAGACUGCAUCAAUUCAAUCCAGUGUCGAUCCGGCAGGGCACCUUCGGAUUACAAAGACAAAGCAGAAGGUUGAGAUGCCCCAGAACUCCGAAGCUUACCGUCGGGUCAUUAAGGUUGAGGGUUUUGCUUGGUUGGCAAUGCAGGCCCGUUACAAAUCCAAAAGCUGGCUGCAGGACUUGACGAUGGCAGAUUUCACUGCAUUUGUGGAUUUCGUUCUUGGUGAGCGGGUUGCAGGGCUUAGGCUUAAGCAAGCCACGGGGUACGACCACAACGACAAUGCACAGUUUAGGCCACCUUGGGGCAUUGUCCUGAGGUACGAGUACCGCAUGCGGAAAGAAGCUUUUCGACUUGUCAACGAGGAGGGCUUGACGCUCAAGGCCGCGUUGCUGGCUGUGACCAAGGACACGGCACGGAGAUGA